GUCACGUAAGGGUCAAGAUGUGCUCAGCGACUCGCGACUCCUGGGCACGGAUCACGCGGAGGCUGCGCUCAGCGAGCAGAGGUGAAGGGUGAGGGAAGGGGAUCGAACUCUGACCACUAGCCCACCUGACAAGCCGCUCACCAGUGUACACUUUGGAGAUAAGGAGAGGAAAACAAACAUGAUAAAGAAGACGAAUGUGUAAUAAGAAAACAGAGCGCAUGGCAGCUUCUGACGGCGCAACAGGAGGAGGCGGGGGCGGCAAGGAGGCGGGAGAGGGAGGUGCGGGGUUGGUGCUCCCGCCCACCACGCCCUCCGAUCCUGGCACGCCGCCCACCACCAGAACUCAACACGCCCCUGGGAGGCGAGUGUCCGCCGCCUCCAGCACAGCUUCGGGUGCUUCCUUGGCCUCUCUUCUCGCCAAGCUUCACCACCCGCCCUCCUCAAGCCUCUCUCUGGAAGGCAAGCUGAGGAUACGCGCCACGUUGGACUGCGGAAGUGACGUGUUGGGGUGCCGGUUCUCUCCUGACGGGGCGCUGGUGGGGGCGGCGCUCAGGUCUGGGCAGGUCAAGCUCUUCACUCUGGCCGGCACGCUGUCUCACACCCUGCAGGUGCCCGGCGAGGCCCAGCGCGCCACCCCUGCCGCUACCUCUGUCGUGUGGGUGCCCGGAGCCCAGGCUCAGACACUCAUCACCACAUACUCCGACGGGCGCGUGGUGGCGUGGCGCGGGCGCAGCGUGGGCGUGGAGAUGGGCGGGGCGGGGGUGGACGUGCGGGCGGCGGCAGUAAGCGGCCUGGAGGGGCAGGUGGUGACCUUCACGAGGGAGCAGGUCACCCUCAGGGACGUGAACACCCUGGCUCCCGCCCUCACCCUGGACCCCGGAGUGGGCGGCCAUCUGGUGGGUCGCGGUCCCCUGUGGGCGGUGUGCGGACGUGGGCGUGAGGUGAUCGGAGGAGGGUGCGGUCUCACCUGGUGGGAUGCUCGGACAGGGGCGGCCACCAGAAGUGUGGGCGGCGUGCAGGUGCGUGGUCCCGCCCUCGCUUCCAAUACACACUCCGGCAAGGUACUGAGUGGGAGCUGGGGAGGAGGACAGGACAGCGUGAAGGUCUGGGAUUCUUCCACUGGUAAACUCACCCACGUGCUCCACUCAGAGGCAGCACACACCUCGGUGUACUGCGUGGCGUGGGUAGGGAAGGACACGGUGGUGGUGGGAGGCACAGACCCUAACUUGCUAAGACUGACCACCCUCGACAACACGACCGUGGGCGUGAUGCGGGGUCUCCGUCAGCCCCUGUGGUGUGUGGACGCCCACGUGGCCCGCCCUCACCAAGGGACGCGGCUCGCCCUCGCCUCAGGCUCCACCCUCUACCUCCUCGAUGUUCUCAAAUAGCCUCGCCUUCUCACCCCUCGACCCGCGACCUUUUGACACCGCGAGCCUGUUUUAUGUUGACCUAAUGACUCUGUAACGUGAGGUAUGCUGGCCUGCUGAUGUCUCUUUUGUUCUUUUUUUGUAUUCUUAUUUAUUCAUUUUUUUUUUCAUUUAUACAGUUGCAUAUUAUAUCAAUUACAUUACAUAAAGUCGUAAUCUUUUCACUGGCUGAACAUUAUUAGUGUUGUCUGAGAGUCCAACUUUUGCCUUUAUUGUCUCUUGUCUCACCUUAUCAGCCUAGUGUUCUUUCGCUCUUUUUUGUUUUUUUCUGUGGUUUUAUUAUUAUUAUUUUUUUUACUUUAUGAUUUCUUUUUCUUUCUUUCUUUCUCUUGUUCUUUUUGUGUGUGUCAUGUUUCUCGCUCUUUUUUGUUAUUCUUUGGCUUUAUUUUUCUACUUUGCAGUUUCGCUUUCUUUUGUUAUUUUUUUCCGUCUUGUUUUUCGUUCUUUCUGUUAUUCAUUGUUUAUUUAUUUUUUUACUUGAUUUCUCUUUCUUCUAUUCGUUUUUGUGUCUUGUUUUCUGCUGCUAUUUUGUUAUUCAUUGUUUAUAUUCUGUUUUUUUUUUAUUUUCUUUAUUCUUUCCUGCUUUAUGUUAUUGUUUUGUUUUUUCGUGAUGUGGAAUAUUUGUUAUCAGCUGUUUUUUUUCUUUUCUUUUGUUCGUUUGCUUUUCUUUCUUAGUAAUGAGCAAAAUUGUAGUUAUUCGUUUUUUUCUUUCUUUUCUUUUUUUUUUUACUUAUUUCCUUCUAUUUUUUUCUUAUUUAUUCUCCCUUUUCUUUAUUUACUUUUCUUUUUAUUUAUUUAUUUUCUGACAUUUAACUUCCAAGAUUGUAACCAGACUCUUCUUUCUGUUUUGCUUUUGUUCUUUCUUUCUUUCUUUCUUUCUUUCUUUCUUUCUUUCUUUCUUUCUUUCUUUCUUUUCUUUUCUUUCUACCUGUUUAUAAUUUCUCUUCAUGCACUCACUUGUCUGAUCACAUUUUCACGUAUUGUAUUAGUUUAUCUAUUUACUUUUAUUUAUUUUCGUGUUGUUUGACUGAUGACCCGUCCACAUAUUUAUCGUUUUAUUUAUCUUCCCUCGUUCGUUUCGUGUUGAUUUUUCGACAUUAUUUUUAUCAUCCUUUGUUGACCUUUUGACUUCAACUCACAACCUUCACCUGGUGCUCCUCGCUCACGUGUAAUUAGACACGUACCUGACAUUAAUUGGUUACCUGCUGACACCUGUGGCUCUUAUUAUGCUCUGCUUGACAUGAAAACGCUUGGUUAUUUAUCUGUUUUUUUUUUUUUUUUCGUGUAGGAGAGGCAGGUGACUUACAAAUGUUUUCUUUUAUCUGUGGACACGUAAAGAUUUUUGUAUAUUUUUCUUUUUUCAUUUCGUUGUAACUGAGAGUAUUUUAGAUUUGUAUUUAUUUAUUUACUUUUUUUUUCUCGUUCUUGGUAAUUUUUUUUUUGUUUCGAUCUAUUUUUUUUUUUACUUGUUUAUUUAUUUAUUAUUAUUUUUUUGUGUGUGAUUUCUUUCGAUCUGAUAUUUUUCCUGAAUAAUACUUGUUUUGAUGUUUUUUUUUCUGGUUCUGAUAAAUUUCUUUUGGUUUUCAUCCGAAUUUUUUUUUUUUAUUCGUUCCCGAUAGUUUUUUGUUCCGAUCAGUUUUUCUUUUUUUUUUCUUCUUUUUUUUUGUAAUCCGUUCCUGGUAAUUCGAUCAGAUUUUUUUCGAUCAGAUUUUUUUAUUUUAUUUCUCAUCCAUUAAGCUUUCGACAUUUCAGCACUUAUUUGAUGACAGUUUACAUUUUUCAGUUUAUUUAUUUACUCUUUUCUUUACCCGGUAGUUUAUUUAAGUGCAAAUACGGUUUUUAUAGUGACUGUCUUGGUGAUAAUUCAUUCUGUAUCAUCGCAAGUUCGAUACUCAGCAUUGUAUCGUGUGCCGUUAUUCAAGGAGAAAUUUAUACUGAUGUAAACACCAUAUCUGUGUCUUGUUGUGAUUAAGCUGGUGAAGAUAGUGUUAUUUCUUGCAUGUACGUGUGUAAGAGGACAACUGGCUACAGGCAACAGGAAAACGGCGCAAAAAAAAAGGGGGGAGGGGAGAACGCUAAACAUGCCAUUUCUGAAAGAGAAAUAUAAAAAAAAAAAUAAUGCAGUCACAUGAAUGUUCAAGGUUUUCCACAAAUAUAAUAAAAUGAACUGCUGCACAUUAAGACUAUAAUUUCGACCGCUGACAGAAAAGGACAAAGAAAUCGAGUCCAGACUUUCCAGUACCUAUUGUUUUAUUUAUGCUCAGUUCAGUCAUCUAAUGUUACUCAGAUGAAGUAACAAAUGUCAUACUGUUAUUAUUUACGUAUCCACUAUUCUAUUCUUACUGUCAUCUUUUUAUGGAUUUCUACCGUGAGAAGGAGGGUGAACACCGAUAAAAAAAAAAAAGGGCAAAAAAAUAGAUAAAAAAAAUGGAGAAACAGAUUGCGCAAUUGUCUCUCCCUAGAAUGUGAAAUACUGUCACUAUCUACGAGCCAGAAGAUUAACACAUCCAUUAUUUUAUUCUUAUCAUCCUUUUAUUAUUCUUUAAAACGAGGAGGGUGGAGAAUGGCUUAUAAAAACAACAAAAAUAAAGAAAGAAUCAAAGGAAAAGAAAAAGAAAAUAGUCUGCUUAAUUGUCUCUGCGUAGAAUGUGAAGCAGGCAAGAGAUACAACCGGGCCAGCCAGUUGCGCUCUGUUGGUCUUGGUGCUCCUCUCGUGAACUAGUGCAGGGUGUGAAGACCAGGCAGAGAUGAAUAGCAAAGGGCAACAUUGGCUUGUCUUUGUGUAUCUUGCCCUUGACUUACUAGGACUGGCAAGACAACCCAGACAUCCGAGGGACACUAGACAUCCCAGGGACACACUAGACAUCCCAGGGACACACUAGACAUCCCAGGGACACACUAGACAUUCCAGGGAUACACUAGACAUCAAAGGGACACACUAAACAUCCCAGGGACACUACAGACAUCCCAGGGACACUACAGACAUCCCAGGGACACUCUAGACAUCACAGGGACACACCAGACAUCCCAGGGACACUACAGACAUCCCAGGGACACUACAGACAUCCCAGGGACACACUAGACAUCCCAGGGACACUACAGACAUCCCAGGGACACACUAGACAUCCCAGGGACACUACAGACAUCCCAGGGACACACUAGACAUCCCAGGGACACAGGAGAAAAGUGACAGCUGUACAGAUACUUUCAUAAUUAACUAAGGCGGCUCCAGGCAGUACGUCAGCUUUGAGGAAAAAUAGUGUGGUUUUCAAGGUAAAUUCUCGUGUGUCUUUCGGCUGACGGACUGUCUGGAGGUGCUGUCCUAUGAUUUUUUUUUUCUUUUGUGUAAUUAAUGCUGCUGGAUUCUUUUAUUUUAUUAUUUUAUUUCAAUGUCUCUCCAUACUUUUUUUGGGUUUAAAUUGAAUGAAACAUGUGAACAUUGAAUUGUGCAGUGAUGAACAUAUGGUAGGGCAGCUUUCUCUCUCUCUCUCUCUCUCUCUCUCUCUCUCUCUCUCUCUCUCUCUCUCUCUCUCUCUCUCUCUCUCUCUCUCUCUCUCUCUCUCUCUCUCUCUC